GGGGGCGGGCACGCCCUCCGCCGCGGCAGGGGGCGCUGUACCUGGCCGGAGCGAAGGGUCGGCGCCGGAAGCAGCUCGUCGCGCCGGCCGUGAGCCUGAAGCGCGUCCCGGGACCGGUCGCUCAUGGCGGCGUUUGUGGCUCGGUCGCUGCGUGCGUGAGGCGCUUGCCGUCGGGCUGCACCGGAGCCGCUCUUGCCUUCUCCACUAUGACUGAGGAGCCGUACGAGAAGUUCCUGGCCCCCGAGGAGCCGUGCCCGCUGCUCUCGCACCAGCACCCGCCGCGGGGCGGCAGCUUGAGCCUGAGCGAGGAAGGCUGCCUGGACGUCAGCGACUUCGGCUGCCAGCUCUCGUCCUGCCACCGCACCGACCCACUGCACCGCUUCCACUCCAACAGGUGGAACUUGACUUCUUGUGGAACAAGUGUGGCCAGCUCAGAGUGUAGUGAGGAGCUGUUCUCAUCGGUUUCAGUUGGUGAUCAAGAUGACUGUUUCUCUCUAUUGGAUGACCAGGAGUUCACCUCUUUUGAUUUGUUCCCCGAGGGUAGUGUCUGCAGCGAUGUCUCUUCUUCUAUCAGCACAUACUGGGAUUGGUCUGACAGUGAGUUUGAAUGGCAGUUGCCUGGCAGCGACAUCGCGAGUGGGAGUGAUGUACUGUCUGAUGUUAUACCUAGCAUUCCAAGUUCUCCCUGUCUGCUUCCGAAGAGGAAAAACAAGCACAGCAAUCUUGAUGAACUUCCGUGGAGUGCAAUGACAAACGAUGAACAGGUUGAAUAUAUUGAAUAUUUGAGUCGCAAAGUCAGUACAGAGAUGGGCCUUCGAGAGCAGCUUGAUAUUAUUAAAAUAAUUGAUCCUACUGCUCAGAUCUCACCUACAGAUAGUGAAUUCAUUAUUGAGUUGAACUGUCUCACAGAUGAAAAACUGAAACAGGUGAGAAACUAUAUCAAGGAACAUGGACCUCGUCAGCGGUCAGCAAGAGAAAGCUGGAAGAGGAGUAGCUACAGCUGUGCGAGUACCAGUGGUGUGAGUGGCGCCAGCGCCAGCAGCAGUAGUGCCAGCAUGGUCAGCUCAGCAAGCAGCAGUGGCUCCAGUGUUGCUAACUCUGCUUCAAACUCAAGUGCCAACAUGAGUCGAGCGCACAGUGAUAGUAAUUUGUCCACAAGUGCUGCGGAAAGAAUCCGGGAUUCAAAAAAACGUUCCAAGCAACGGAAACUACAGCAAAAGGCCUUACGCAAAAGACAGCUGAAAGAACAAAGGCAGGCUCGUAAGGAAAGACUGAGUGGAUUAUUUCUUAAUGAAGAAGUGCUCUCUUUAAAAGUGACUGAGGAGGACCAUGAAGGAGAUGUGGACGUUUUAAUGUGACAGGGGUGAUUUUAUCAGUGUUCUUUCUAAGCCUUAAAUGUAUUACCCGUAUUGUUUACAUCUAUUUCUUGACCAAAUUUCAAUUAGCAUUAACAGUAUAAAUAGAUCUUUUCUCAAAUGUCAUUUUGGUAUGAAGGUCUAAGUGGUGAACAACUUCAGCUUUUUGAGACUAAUUUUGUAUCAGAGACUUCAGAAACAUAACUGUCUUCUGAAAAGCUGCUGAAUAGAUAUGGUUUUAAGGACAUUUGAAGUCGGCUGACAUUCUACCUUACUUGCAAGACAUAAGUCUAGGGGUGCUUUUGGAUGGAUGACACUAAGCAUGCAAUUACUGUGCUUCAGCUUUUUUUUUUUAUGAUUUUGUUUUCCAACUUAGAGUUAAUAUUACACUUGCCACGUUCUAUCUUCCUUUUCUGUUGUUAGGUAGAUUGUUUAGCAUGAAGAAAUGAAUCUUUAGUUCCAUAGGGCUUUCAUCCGUCUGUCUUUUGCAUCGUACAAAAUGAAAUUACUAUGAGAAAUCCUGUUCUAGAAGUUGUGAUUUAACUCAGAAAACAAAAAGCUGGAAAUCUCUAAAACAAAUAAUGCCUAAUAAUGUAUUUUUUGUAGGAAGCAGUUAGAAAUUAGAAAAAAAACAACCUUCAAGCAUAUUCUUCAGAAAGUUAUUUUGGUGCUCAAUAUCUUAUAAUAGUAUGAUUGCUAACGGUUGACCAGUACAUCCCUACUAUUGCUACAAAAAGAUUCAAAUAUAAGCAUCUUUAUGCAUUGGAAGUACACUAAUCUGCACUUAAGUUGUUAGGACACUCCUUAAAAGAGUUAAAAAUGCUACUGGAAACAGAAGUGCAGACAAGUGGCAUACAACUUUGGUGGGUUUUUUUUGCCCAGAGGCAUAUAUGAAUAGAUUCAUGUUGUUGGCAGGAGAACUCAGUGAAUGCAGCUGUGCUUUUCAAUUAUAUGUUUAACUGAGGGUGUGUCUUCUGUGUGGGUUGUUGUACCAUUAUGUGUUUCAGAAUUCUCAUUUUUAUGUCUAUCUGCUUUUUAAAUUUCUCUUGCUAAAGAGAUGAGGUAAAAUUGUGACUUCCAGGUGGUGAGGAAAAAGUAGUUUUGAUCUUUCCUAAUUCUGACAGUCUAUAAGGUAACUUUUGCCUUUAUUGUGGAACUACUUAUUACAGACCUCCUUCCUCCUUCAGCUGAGAUAAGAAGGAUACUUCUAAAUUUCAGUAGGAACCUUAAAACAUUAUUUAAGUAUUUUCUAGUUCUGAGUUGAAGAGGUAAUUUUCAUUAUCUUGAUGCUUCAUUAGUUCCAUUUUGGCUUUGUGAAUCAGGGAGUUUGGCAGUUUAGUGUGACCACAGGUGCCUGUUAUUGCAGGGUAUAGCCCACGCCUGCAGCAUUGCUUGAUGAGCAUUGUGCAGGACCGCUCAGUUUCAUUUUAUAUGCCCUGCUGAAGUAUUUUUCUCUCAGAAGUGGCAUUCCUCUUAGCCUCAAAAUAACUUGACCAGUAAAAUAACUCCCCUCUGGAAGGGCUUUGAUUAUAACAAGGUCCACAGUCAAACUAGUAUGUCUGAACUUAGUCUUACUACUGCUGGGCAACAGUAAGUACCUAGACUUGGCCACUGACCAAUUAAAACCUGUGUGAUGUCAUUUUAAACUCAAGUGUUAGCUAUCCCAUAUGGCCAGUUAUUUGGCCACUAAGCAGAAGUGACUGUUACCAGUCAGUGUUUACUUGUAAUAUAGAAGGUUGAUAUCUCCCUUCCUCCUGUAGUAACCAUACCAAAAUCUUCUUUUAACAGUAUAGAAGUCAUUGAGAAUUUAGAUUAACUUAAAUCUAGAGCUUCUUUUAAAUACCUUGGAUGAGGGUAGAAAUUAGUUGGUUUGAAUUCAGCUAAUUUCAGGGUGCAGUUGUUGAACUCCUGCAAUGUACCGUGGGUGAAUUCAUCACAGUAUGUUUCACUUUGUGCACAGUCACAGUUCAGUACAACUUUCAUUUCCUGUAGUAACUUUGAAAUGUUUUUGUUGUGUUUUUUUUUCCUAAUAAUGCAGAGAAUUGAGAUUAUGAAGUGAAUUGUAAGAAAGGUGCAAUAUCUCAUCAUGGUGAAGCAUGAAAGUGUGUUAGCUUCUUUCUGUUUCAGCAGCACUUCAGAGUUUCUGAUCCCUCAGGCUCUGCUGAGAGAGUACUACCGUCUUGAUGAGGUACAGUUCUUUUAGGUAAUCUGCCUCCUGGCCUUCAGAAAUCUUAUUGUGAGCAUGUAAUUAUAAAUUAAUCAAGGUGAUUAGAUGGGUCCAGUUGCUCAUCUGUUACACUGGAUGAAAAGGUCCCGGGUGCAGCAGUACCGGCUGGGUACAUUGGAUGAAAAGGUCCCGCGUGCAGCAGUACCAGCUGGGUACUUGUGUGGCAGUUAAACAAUAGAAGAGAAUGGGUUUCCAGGGAUUUUGUCGUGGUAAUUUAUAGCUCUGUAAUCUUACAGUUCCAGGAUACUUAGGAAUACAGAACUCUGAGUAUUCCGGUAAGAACACAAAAUAACAUCUUGGUUACCUGAAUGUUGUCUUUGCCAAGUACUUGGCACCUCACAGAAUUCAGGCCUGAAGUAGCUGUGGAAUUGAAAUUCUACAUGUCUGGAAUUUAUUUUCCCCACCUUUUCUCACCUUUCUUAGUUCUAGUCACACAGGCAGUCCGUGGAGAUGUUUUUGGCAGAUUGUUGUCUUUCCCUGCAGUGUGCUGCAUGCUUACCCAGGAAAGUGUUGGAGUCAUCAUCCCUGGAGAUAUGUAAAAUGGACAUGGUUUAGUGCUGGUCUUGGCAGUGCUGGGUUAAUGGUUGGCCUCGAUGAUCUUAAAGGUCUUUUCCAACCAAAAUAAUUCUAUGAAUUUGUGUUUGAUACCCGUGGCACUGGUCAGACAGUUGAAAUUUUGCUUAAACAUGGUCUUGCUGAUUUGAACGUUGGCUGUUCUGGCUACCACAUUUUACAGGAAGUUAUCUGUAGAUAGAUAAAAGAAUAGUAUCAGACUCCUAAAAUCAUGCGUUUUUAUUAGUGCUUUUUCAAAACAGAAGCAAAUCUGUCUUUUAUUUGUAGCAAGAUGGAGACAAACAGGGAAAAGCUGAUAGUUGUGUGGCUUGGUGGAUUGAAGAUGGGUAUCUAGGUGCUUUGUACCCACUGUAACAUGAAUGUGAUCACUUGACACUCUGUAACGUUAACGGUUCGCUUCCAUGGUAACUUUUUCUCUAAAAAGGCUUAGAAGGAGCACUGAAAGUCUGACUGCAAUGGGACUGUAAACAAUAGAGAACAUUCUUUCCUAAAAUGAUUUUAAAUACAAGAAAGCGAGCUAUCUGCUUGACAAACCUGUCUGAUUUUUGUGUGUACCUGACGCCAUCCUUUGUCUGUUAAGAUAAUACCUAUUUUUCUUUAUCUGGAAAAUGAUUAAAAGGUGGUUAUACUACACUCGGUACGAGGUGCUUACUAACAACAGCAAGAAAAGUAUUUGCAAGACUUUCCUUGGCUUAAUUUUGAGUUCUCGCUUUGUGAUUUGAAACCUGUGAAGCUCAUUCUCUGAGGUAAAGGCUGAACCAACCACCCUGCUUCAAUGCAUGCAUAUGCAUUUACAUCAGAGCACGUAUAUGAUCUAGAAACACGUAACAGCAAUAUUUGCUGUUCAUCUACACUGAAUGGCCUGCAGCUGUUUCUUUUCUCCUAAAACUUUUUUGGCUUUGGAAUUAGUUGAUGCAUUGAUCUAUUAAUAUUAAUAAACCUGACUGUUUCAGGGGCUUUUGAAGCUCAUUCUUAUAAACCAGAUUUUCCUUAGAAAUGUUGUUAGAUUAGUUGGUUUCAUGUUCCUUACAUCCUGCAAUUCUUGAGCAAAGAAGAGACAAGUCAAGGUGCAAUUUCCCAUUUAAACAUCACGGAAUUAGUUAAUUAAUCUGCCAAGGGCAAGUCCCAGUACUACUCAAAACUUGUCUGUUUUGACUUUUAACUGAUUAAUUAUGCUUAUGUUCUCUCUCAUGGGGCUAACUCAAAAACAUUUCCAAGAUACAAAUAAAUUCUCCACUUCAAAAGCAUAACAAUUGUAAUGUUGAAGCCUUGCAUAACCAAAGGAAGGGGAAAGUGGGGGUUUGUGUUUUUUUUUUCCUUUUUUUUUGGGAGGGGGAUGGAGAUGGGCAUGUAGAUUAGAGUAUAUGAUACUGUUUGAAUUGAAUUAAAUUUUUUUAAUCCCUCCCACCCUAGGUUCUCUGCUAACUGUAUUGCUAAAAUGCACUUUUGUAUAGAAAACUGUCCUCUGUACAUUCUGUAUCUACACAAUGUUUAUAGAGAUUUUUCUGAAGUUGUGAAAGAUUUACUGAAAGCUGAGAUGCUGGUGACUGAUGCUGUUGACUUAAAGCUUUCACUGUAUUUGAAAGUAGUUCUGUGCAUUUUGAAGUACAGGUUGAAAUUAAAAUUGAUGACAGCAAAGAUA